UUUCGGUGCGGCUCUUUUUUCCCCCUUUUUUAUCUUUUUUAAUAGUCGAUCUCUUUACACAUCCUUUGGCGCGCCCAGUUUCCUCUACAACUGUCAUUAUUCAAACAUACACCUCAAGUGAAAUCUGGAAAUAUUUGAGAGUGGCAAACAAACCGUCUCAUAAGAGAAUUGUUCACGCAUCCUGCAUGCCAGUACCAUUGUGUCUUCUUUGGGUUUUGGGUGUAUCUGGCAGCGAGGACGAAACUGUGUAAAAAAAAUAAACGUUAAAAAAAAGUGGAGUAUAUUUGUGCUGUGAAAAAUUGUGUGAUGUGAGAAUACGUUGCAUAGUAUUAGGGUAAAGCGAACAUUUUUUUUUUUCGAAAUUUUACUGAGCGACUAUGACGGGCCACCACGAGCAUUUUACGAAGAUAUUUGCUUUGAUGGGAUUUUUCAUACUGAAAUAUGGAAACUGUAUACAGGUCGAGUCCUCAAAUUUGAAUGAAACUGACAAACAGUGCGGUGGUUCAUUCUCGGGUUAUCAGUAUUCCAUAAGCAGUCCUAAUUAUCCUGGAAAUUAUCCUGCUAAACUGGAUUGCACUUAUGAGCUACGUGGUAGUCAAUUCUCAAAAUGCGAUCAAGAAUUUCAUUUGCAAUAUUUGGACUUUAAUUUAAAACCCUCGGAAAAUUGUGAGAAGGAUUUUCUCAAGGUUGGGGAUCACGAUGUGCUAUGUGGUAAUGUCGUGGGAAUAAGACAAUUUAAAGGGCUGAAUAAUAGUCUGAGAUUAGUUUUUCAUUCAGACGAAGAACGGGGUGGAAGGGGUUUUAAAAUUUUGGUAACCACCUUGCCCUGUUCCAGUGUUAAAAUAGAUCCAAAAAGAAGCAGAUCAGUCACUGAAUCUAGUACAACAUCGGAAAAUAGUUUUUCCUUGGACGGAGCGGCAGAACAUCAAUUUAAUACAGACAAUGAGAAUGAAACACUUAAUGUUCCUGCAUCAACUACUCAGUUUAUUUUUGCGACUAAGGAAAGUCUAACUAAUGAUUUUGCACGGGAGGAACUUUCACCUAAAAUAGGAGAGGAAAAUGUGUAUUCGAUGUACAGCCCGAAUAUCGAAUUUAACGUUGAAGAUAUCGAGGGAGGAAGAGCUGAUCAGAUUCCUGUAAAAAUUCAAACAUCCGAUUCAAACAUUAAGAAAAAUUCGAUAUUUACAAAGACCCACAAUCUUCCUACGUUAGUCGUGGCGAAGCCAUCUGAAAGUUUCCAAUUACCAAUAUACGAGCAACAUCAUUUUCACGAUGAAAAUUGCCAACACUUUAAUAUCCAUGAGAAUGAAAAUCCAUUGGAAAAUCCAUUUGAGACAACAGCAAAUUUUGCUAGUACACAAGAAAAUCAUAAACCGCAUAUUACAUCGUAUUUGUAUUUACCACCAAGUUCCACUGUGCCACUAAAAAUUCGAAAUCAAAUCGACGAAAACUCGUCUAAUUUAACGGAUUCAGUUGCCGGUAAAACAUCCUCGAGCCUAGCGCCACCGGUUAUCUUUCAAACUAUUCCAUUCUCGACCCUCAGUAAUGUGGCUAGUGUCACGGUGCCGCCUACAGAAAUUCUAUUACCAAAUUUCAAUACCGUACCAAAGUUUACCACGCUAGUUAACGCAGGAAAUCGAAAUUUGGCCGAGUUUCGACAAUCUCCAAGAGUCAGCGUUAAUUCGACAAGCAACAACGGCAUAGACGGUGUAACGAGAUUGAUUAACGAAGGGUCAAAGGUCGGACAGAAAUACAUUACACCAGCCACGGUUUACGGUACUCCCGGAGAAGCUAAUGUCAAUAUAAAUAAGGAUUCUUAUUACAUUCCGUCAUCUAUUAAUUAUCCUAACGCGAAUAACAAUCCCAGCACAGGUGGCGUUAAUUGUAAUGGAAAUAUUUCUCCAAAUUUUCCCAAUAUCAACACAGGAUUUAAUACUGGUAAUGUGAAUACUAAUUAUGACCCGUUAGCUAACAAUGUGCCCAAUACGAAUUUCGGUGUGAAUACAAAUUUUGACUUCAAUAACAAUCCCGGUACUACAUAUGGAAUACCAAAUUUUAAUUUCAACACCAAUCCGAAUCCAACGAUUAACACAGACUUUGGUUCAACAGGUACGAAUUACAUACCAUCCACAAUUAAUUAUCCCAACACGAAUUUUGACGUGAAUACAAAUUUCGGUGUCUCUGGUAAUUACCCAUCUAUAAAUCUCAAUCCUGAUAAUAAUUUCGACUUUAGUUUUGGGGUUAAUUCUAAUUACCCAGGGACGAACUUUGGCGUAGGUAGUAAUUAUAAUCCAAAUACUGGAUUCGUAAAUUCGAAUUAUUAUCCUAGUACCGGUACUGUCAAUACUAAUUACGAUCCUAAUAUCGGUAUUGUAAAUACGAAUUAUUAUCCCAGUACAGGAACAAAUGUUAACGGUCAAAGUUCUGAGUGCUGUAAUACUGUGUACUCGUCUCAAAGGUUUCUAUUAACGAGUCCCGGAUUUCCGGCGUUGACCUAUUCCUCUAAAAGUUACGAGUGUCGAUACACCAUACGAAAAUAUUCUCAAGAUGUGUGUCAGUUGCGUUUGAAUUUCAAAUUCUUUUAUUUGGGUUCGGACGAUCAGUUUUGCGCUUACGGGUAUUUGGAUAUAGACGGUCAAAGAGUAUGUGGCUGUAAGAGCAGCACCAGUAUAGUAUCGAGAUUUUCGAAUUACGCAACGAAAACAAUUACUUUGAAAUACUUGGGAUAUCCUCGAAUAAAGUUCAACGGAUUUUUGAUCGAAGUUAUUCAAGAGUCAUGUUCGAAUAGUUACGCAAGAGCUCUCAAGGAUAUCGAACAGAGCAGAACGAUAGUAAAUUCGAGAUUGAAGAGAUCAUCGACAGGAUAUUUUUAUGAAAAACCAAGUUACUCGUUGCCAACCACCGGACGUCAUCCUCUGCAAAAUCCCGGAAGUCAGACGAAUCAAAAUUUAUUUUUCAACAGUUGUCAAGCUUUGGUUUUCUUCAAUUGGGCCGUGGCAGCUAAGACAGUUUAUCUGCGAAAUGCACAAUGCUCGACGACCGGAAGUUCCAGUCUCAUUUCACAAGUGAUACCAAUAUUUCCUGUAAGUGGCAGUUGGAUCAGUUAUCCAGCUGCCAAUUGCGAAGGUAUCAACGUUAUUGAUGGGACUAUAUCGUCACCGCAAUAUCCAAGAAACUAUCCUGAAAAUCUCAACAAGUGUUAUAGAUUCUACAAAGCUCCUGGUUACUGUCAAUUGGAAUUGGCGAUUUUGGAUUUUGAUUUAGAAAAUACUAAGGGCUGUUAUAAGGACUAUGUAUCAUUCAGUGGGCAGAACAGAAGAUACUGUGGCACAUCCUUGGCAGGAAGUCGAGCUAUAUUCGAUACGUCAAGAAGCAACAUAGUGGAUAUGUAUUUUGUUUCGGAUUCUUCCGGAUCCGGUCGAGGCUUUCGUGUUGGCUUCACACAAAUUUCCUGCCAAGGCCAGGACAUCCACUAUCACAAGGAGAAUCAAACCAAUAAUUCUCAGCAAGAAAAUACAGAAUGCAUCCUGGAACGUCGUAGCAAAGAAGGUAUAGAAUUGGCACCCAGUUUGGAACCACGUUCGCCAAAGAAUUUAAGUUGCAGUUACGUUUUUUUAAAAAAACACGGCUACUGCAUGCUGCGGUUGCAUUUCGAGGAAUUUGAGCUUAUCGAUUCACCAGGAUGUGUUAUGGGUUAUUUGGCCAUAAGAGGACGACGAUUUUGUGGUAGAUUCUUGGAAGGAAAAGUAUUAGACCUACCGUUCGAAUCGAUCAGCCGCACUGUAGAACUGCCAUACUUCAUGAAGAACGAUGUGGAUUUCGUGAAAUGGAGAUUCACCUAUAAGUAUUUGCCAUGUAGGAGCACGAUGGUACAUAAGAAUAAAAAAUGGUGAUCGACAAUAAAUAUGAAUUUGAAUGAA